AUGUCGGAGUCUCAUCCUCGAGGUGAACCCCAAAGCCCUGCUAGUAUCAGUAUACCUGACCAAGGACCUCGUACCUCAAACGACGUUGAUUUCAAUCUCCGUGCAAAUGCCCCACAAGCAAUUGAGAAAAUCAUAAAGGAGUUGACAGACCAAUUAUCCUCUCUCAAUCAUUCCGUCGGUGCUCUUCAUGACAGGGUCAAUGCCUCACUGGUAGGAUGUCAACACGCUCAAACAAGAUCGGAGGUCAGCCGCAUGUCGGUCCUUCUGCCCCAACUCAUGAAGGAGCUCAAGAGGCUCCAGUUUACAGUUGAUUCUCUAGCCAACCUAUCUCACAUGGUCCUGAGGGUACACCGGAACAUCCUCAAGAAACUGAUUGAAGCCGCACACCUUGAUAUUGACUACCAAGCCGAGAUUGAUGCCACCUCGAGUUCUUCCAGCCAUAAUGAUGAGACUCCUUUUCUAUCCGAUGCACAAAAUUCAGUGCGAGAUACGUAUGAUCACCCGAGAUCCCGCUCCGACGUGCUGAAAACCGUUACCCGUGGAGCGUAUCCUCAAUUGAUAUCAUGUAAAGACCAUAACAUCCUCCCUUUUCAACCGAACAGCUGUCUAUCACACCUCCAAACUAUCCGUUUACGCCCUCGGACUAUUAUCUUACACACUCCAUUAAUAUUUGUACGACCUCCAAUCAAACAUACGGAUCGUUUUCAUAUUGCCGACCAGGUAGAUCUUGAUGGGGCCUAUCGCAGCGACUUCUCAAUAUUCAAGUAUGCACGGGUUCUAGCAGUUUCAGCUUUUUCAAGUGGUCGUGCAGAGCACGACUGCACCCAUCUGCACGGAAGUCGAAAAAUCAACUUCGGACCCUUUGCUGGAGUCCUCGACAUUGGUCAUCAAGCUCCAGUCGUCAAUUUCAAAACUCAUAGAUUGUUACAGAGCAAACUCUUUGAGCCCGACCUUUUCAAAAACGCUGUCGCCAAGAUUUCUUCCAACACAAAUGUCAGCCCGGAUCAACAUAUCGACGGCUUAUCUCAUAUCUUCCAAAGCUUAGUGCAGUUGGCUCCGAAUGUAUCAGUAGCACGCUACCGGCUCAAUGCAAACCAACCGGAUGAAAGCACAAGUCGUCUCUGCUUACACAGUAUCUUCAAGUCCUCCGACCGACUCGCUUUGGAAGAUUUCUGUCUUCAUAACACAUGUAAGACUUCAGCUGAUCACGCAUGUUUGCACGGAUCCUUCAAGCCAAGUUUGACCUACACUUCUGACCCUGGCAAUCAACAAGAUCUCAUCACCUCAUCGCGACCGAAAUCGCCUUCUCUCAAUGUCACUUUUGUCGGUCUCAAUCCAACACCUGUGGUGUGUGAUCAUAACUCGAUAAGUAUCACUCUGCCAGACGAUGACAAAGAUGAACCGUUUGAGAUUGACCCAGACGUCUGGGAAUUUUUGCAAAAUGAACAACAACAAUAUCCGCAAUAUUGGCUUUCCUCCAGCUCCAAGGAGAGCACUCUCGUCUCUCUCAGAGAGACGUCCACAAGCGUGGCCCAACCGCACGAAGGUCUAUCUCAUCCAGUCCCGCAGUGUAAAGUAUAUGUUCCCUCAAAACGUAUACUUUGGAUGAACUAUCCCGUAAAGCACCGAUGCAAGGAGGGUACCGUCGCUGCAGUACCUUGCCCGCACGAAUGUGACACUCAAACUCUUCAAGUUCAUUCAGUACGUCAAAUUCAGGUCAUCCUCAAGCACGUCGAGCUACAUUAUAGAACUGAGUUAUGCUCAGUACCUUAG